AUGAAAGUCUCUGUGUUGAGUUUUUAUCUCGGUUGCGUGCCAUAUAACAUUGCAUGGGAUCUUCAGAAAUCUACUGUCAAACUACUGAAGUCUUUUGAUAGUCCUUCGGUGCAUUGUAUCUUACUUCUGGAACACUGUCCAGUUUACACUAUUGGUAUACGCCACACAGAUCCUAUGAAUGACUAUGGUGAGCAUACCAUUAAACGUCUAAAAAGUCUUGGGGCUGAAUUUGUUAGUACUGAUCGUGGAGGUUUGAUUACGUAUCAUGGCCCAGGACAACUCGUAGCCUAUCCGAUAAUUAAUCUUCAGUGUAAAUCUUUACAAGGUCGUGGUUUAAGGUGGUAUGUUGGGGCUUUAGAAGAAGCUGGGAUCAAACUGUGUGCACAGUUUGGUGUGACUGCAUUCGCUGGUAAGGAUUCAGAGACUGGUGUUUGGUCUGAUUCUAGGCACAAAGUUAUGGCUAUUGUUAGGUAUCCGCCAGAGCAGUUCAAUAACAUACCAUGGGAUAGCUCUAAACUGUACCACUGA